CGGUUUGCGGUCGUUAAGUGGAACGCGCCCUAUACUGAUGCCGUAAUCCUGCACAUGCGCCUAUAGCCAGUCCCUAAUCUCUAAUCGGAACACUGCGGUCAGAUCGCCGAGAACAACGAUCUGUUCGACUUCGAGAGGAGUUUACCCCAGACAUCCAACGACGAUCAAGCCCAGUCCUACUCCGACGACGAGCAGUACGAGCGAGAAGUGGAUAGAGAUGCAAUUCCAGGCGGACACGCGGGUCUAUGACAUCGAAUACGAUCGCGGACCGCUCAAGGACAUCAAGGAGGGGGAGAUCACGGAUUUCGAGGCCGGUAGUAGCAGUUUAGGCAGCCACAAGGAGUCUAUAAGCAGUGUUGGAAGCAUUCGCGGCAGCUUCAGCAGCACACCAGAUUACGACAUCCUCGGGAAGAAGUAUUUCAACAAAUCCGUUCAGGAUCAGGACACCGCGUCCUUGACCUCACUGCAGGAAUUCGAGCACUUGGAAAGUACCGUGGCGGCCGAGAACUCGCGGAGAUUUCGAUGUGGCUCGCAGGAUUCCGUCAACAACGGCGGUCUUUCGAGAAGAUACAUGACCGGUCGUUCGGGCCAUGGCGAUGACAUCUCGUCAUCAUUAAAGGACUUCGAGGGUCUUGAGAAAGCCUGCCGAGAGACUCGUCUGAUGGAGCUGCGAGCCCGCGAGGAAGAGGAACUGCUGGAACACGAGAGUCCGGAGGAUAAGUAUAAAAUGGAGAAUCUGCCGCGUUUGAGGACGGACACCGGCGCGACCAGUUCGUUCAAUCUUAGCACUUCCGGAUCGGGCAAUUACGAGAAGAGGAUAAAGGAGAUUGACGAGAUAAUAUGGAUCGCGCAGUCCAACGUAGAGAAGCUCGAUCGCAGCUCCGACUCCCUCGGGAUGAAGACGACCUUGGACUUUCCGUUCCUGAGCUCGGAUUCGUUGAACAACGUGAAAGACGCGAAGAAAACGCCGUCGGACACUGCCGAAUAAUUUGCCGGUAGCGCGAAUUCCGAGACGCACCUCCUCAGAUUUUUUUAAAAAGCCUUUGUUGGAGCAAGAAUGUUGGAGUGUCCGAGAAAAACAGUACAGCAACGGUCAUCGCGUGGAGGAGAAAACGACAGUCGACAAGAACUAUCAGACAAGCAUCUUCGAUAGAGACUGACGCGAGAAAUGGGCAAAUCACCAAGUAGCGGUACAUAGGAUAAUUUUCGCAGAUAGCAGACCAUCAGGAAGGACUUUUGCCACGACUUCAUAAAUAUAUUACCGAAUAACACGAGAAGCUUUACAUGUAAAACGAUAUUAAAUAUUGUAUAUAAUGUACUAAAGAACUUGUGCCUUGUGGAUAUACAAGGAUACUAUUAUAUUUGUCUUUGUUUUACGCGAUAGCUUCUAAAAACAAUUUAUAUUAUGCUUAAAUUAAAAGAUAGUUGCUAUCUUCAAGAUAUAAUAUUGUUAAGUGUGCGGGAUGAGAAAGCGGAGUGUGGGCUUGCUUGUUUUUAAUUAUUAAAUUUGAACGGACGUUUGUUGUAAAAAUUCUUGCUGUUUAUAAGAUAAAAUGGGAACUAUCUCUUGCUUAACUAUUUUCGAAAUCUUUACCGCGGAUAUUGAGUUGCAUUUACCGAACGUAUAUUUUUAAGUGCUACUUAUACAUGUAUUAUAAUGCGUACGACACUGUACUAUUAUAAUGUGUUUUAUAAUGUGUUUUGAUUACGAGAUGUCUUUGUGGAUGCGCUUUUUCGUAAAAUUUUAUAAUAUAUUUGAUGUAUUCUUUGUAAUGAUUUCAAACGAUAUUUACGAAGUUCAAAAAUAUAAUAAUGCUAGCUGUAGCGCAUGUUUAAAUAAAGGAGAACAGAUACACAUAUCUAAAUAGAAAAUUUUUUAUUUGUGAAUAAAAUAUUUAGAGCACACGUAAUUUUACAGAAGGCAGCAAAAAAUACAUAUUCUGAGAAAAGAUAUAUAUAUAUAUAUUCUGUUUAAACAAUUCAAUAAUUAUUUCAUAUUUUAUUGUAUUUUUUUUAUAAUAUAAACAGAAUUACGCAAUGUUAUCUAUUAUGUUUACACAUGUAUUGUAUAUUAUUACGAGUUAAUGUCAUUUGAAAAAAAAUUGUUUCCUUAUAAUGAUAAAAAUAUAUAUCUGUGCACUAUC